AUGGUCGAUUUUACCGUUCCCGUAUACGAGAAGCUGGCUUCUUGGAACCAAAAUGCUCGUCGCGAAUACAUUAGCGCUUGUCUUUGUUUCCCUUACGACAACAUGCAUCCUCGCUCCGCGGUAAUUCAACACCUCCAGGCCGCCGUGUCUCGACUACAGAAAAAGCAACCAGUCAUUGCCUCAGAGAUUCACCUAUAUAGACAGUCAGGGAUGUUGUAUCUGGCAUACAACCCUCCGAAUUGUUUCGAAACCGAUUCCUCAGUGGUCACCGUGGAGGAGCGCCCUGUCGAUUCUUUGGGUGAUGAUUUCCCUCGUGCCUACCAAGAACUCCGAGAUCUACAGUGGCCACCGGGCUUUUUCAUGGACAAGCAUCAGCUUCUUGGAUUGGGCGACUUCAGCAUCUUCCCCCGUGCCAGGGCCUUCCGCCUGCAGGUCACCUUUCUAGAGGACGGUUUUCUCCUGUGGGUGCAUCUCCACCACUCCGUUGGUGAUGCCGCAUGUCUAAGUGCCAUCCUCGUCAGCAUCGCUGCGGAAACCUGCGGGGACAACGACUCACUGUCCCCGCCCAUGACGCCCCUCCAGCCAGCGAAACUGACAGCUUCUAUCGCGCCUGACAUCUCGUGGCAUGAUCUCGCCACCUCGUGCCCCGAGCUCGGCCUCUUUCCAGAGAACACGCCCUUCGACAGCGUCGCCACACCUCUGCCGCGGCUCGACCCUCCUCCCCCCGCCGCCCAACCUUACACGAGCGCCAUAUUCGUGAUCAAGGUCGACGCGCUGAAGAAUAUCGGUGAGAUGAUCCGUCUCGUGAGCUGUGUGGAUAAACCCCCCUCGAUCUUCGUCGUCUUGUCGGCCCUGACCUGGAACUACAUCACUCGCGCGCGAAAGAGGCGGCACCAUACUUCGGCAAUGCGUCUGCAGGCGUGA